GAAAUAUCUAAUCUAUUUUCUUUUUCUGCAGAUUUUCUCGGGAUCGCCUGCGCUCUGGAGGCGGGGGACACCAUCGUUUGGAGCCCAGCUUAUGAUGUCAAGACCCUUCUCUGGAUGGAUCCUGAACACCGCUAAACGAAGCGCUGUCCUGGUGAAAGGGGGGCGAUGUCAUUAUUCGCACAUGAGAUGGGGGAGGACGCGCUCAGAUAAGGAGGCCACGUCCGGAUGGCUCUGCUAUCCGAGGCACCAGGCCAACCUCUCCCGGAGCAGAUCCUCCAGGCACACGGCAGAAGAUCUCCACUUCCAGCUGCUUCCAGAGCAAAUCGACUACAUCCUCCGAGCCAACGAGCAGUCCCACAAGGUAGCGGACACGGACGGCAAAAACCCAAAUACCAUCCUCCGGUUUGAAAGCAAUAUACUGGCCUCUAACGCCCCUUGUGAAGACCGCCGGAGUGCCGCCACUUGCCUGCAGACCAAAGGUCACAUGUUUGGCAUUUUCGAUGGCCAUGCCGGCUCGGCGUGCGCCCAGUCCGUCAGUGAGCGCUUGUUCUAUUACAUCGCCAUCUCUCUGAUGUCUCAGGAGACUCUGCAGGAGAUCGAGCUAGCCACGGAACGCAUGAAGCCGGUUCUGCCGAUCCUCCAGUGGCACAAACAUAAGAAUGACUAUAUGUACCGAGAGAUCGCGUCGCUCUACGUCGACCACCUGCGGGUUUAUUGGCAAGAGUUGAUUGAUCUGGACAAUGGGUCUGGAAUGAGCGUGGCGGAUGCCAUGUCCGAUGCCUUUCAGCGACUGGAUUCCGAUAUCUCUCUGGAGGCUCAGGUGUCCGCAGAGCAGGAGAUGGUCAGGAAUCUCACGUUACAAAUCGCGUUUUCUGGGGCGACGGCCUGUGUGUCACACGUAGAUGGGGUGAACCUGCACGUGGCCAACGCUGGAGACUGUCGGGCGGUCCUGGGUGUUCAGGAUGCAGACGGAACCUGGUCAGCGCUGCCUCUUACUGCCGACCACAACGCUUUUAAUAAAUCCGAGGUGCAGAGAGUGCAUUCCGAGCACCCGGCCUCCGAGGAGGAGACUGUAGUGACCGACCAGAGGCUGCUGGGAAUUUUAAUGCCCUUUCGAGCUUUUGGCGAUGUCCGUUUUAAGUGGAGUGAGGCGCUGCAGCAAAGUGUUCUGAGAAAUGCCUGUAACCUGGAGCCUCUGAACAUCUAUCAGUAUUAUCCUGCCAACUAUCGCACCCCUCCGUAUCUAAGUGCCAAAGCGGAGAUCGCCUACCACAAGCUCCGGCCUCAGGACAGGUUCCUGGUCAUGGCCUCUGAUGGACUCUGGGACAUGCUGGAGAACCAGGAGGUGGUGAGGCUCGUGGCAGGAUACCUCUCUGACAUGCGUUUACAGGAACCUCACGUUUCCGUGGAGAAGCGUAGCCUCGGGUACAUGCACAACUUGCUUCUCCAGAGGCGAACGCGGAGAUCUAACGUCCAGGAUCGGAAUGUAGCCACGCACCUGGUCCGCCACGCCGUAGGCAGCAAUGAGGACGGCGAGGUGGAGCAGGAGAGGUUGGCUGCCAUGCUGAGUUUGCCGGAGGACCUGUCCCGGAUGUACAGAGAUGACAUCGCCGUCACGGUCGUCCUCUUUAACACAAAUGCUGUUGAGGCGCAUUACAGGGAGAACGCGCAGGAAUAAGACUCCACGUUUUUAUACAGUUGAUUUAAAUUAUGUUUUUUUUUUUUUUUUCCCGCUUCAGAUUAAAGGGGAUUUCUGGGCUCCUAUAAAGUCUGAGCUCAAUGGGCAGCACAGCGCCACUCUCGUCGAUGGGGCUGCGCCUGGUACUACAGCUUAGUGGCACAUGGACUGGUUACUGCAGUGAAGAGGACGUGCUGCGCCCUUUGAGGGUCGAACCCCCAGAGACACUUCGUGGUCCAUUUAUUAAUGUUUCAUGCUGGAAAUGUAGUAUUUUUUGGGAGCCCCUUUCUUCCCUGUAGUAACUCUGGUUUGUGCUGCGUGACGGCGCCUACAGUCGUGGCGUUCGCAUCUAGCGCACACGUGAACAUGGUUUAAGCCAUUCCUGGUUAAGAUGGCCGUAACACCUGUUGGGCUAGCUUCACGUUUCUGCAACUCUUGCAUUGAUCUGGAUGGGGUUGCACCUGCUGCAGAAGCCGCCCCAUUCAGAUGGAUGGAACUGACUUUCAGCUCUGGAAAUUUCUGCAACAAACCCUCAAAGGGGUCGUGUCCCUUCAGCAAAUAACAUUUAAUACCAGGCACUUACUAAUGUACUCUGAUUCUCCAUAUUGCUUCCUUUCCCAUUACAUUAUACACUGCUUGUUUCCAUGGUUACGACCGCCCUCUAAUCCAUCAG